AUGCCGGCUCGAGAGCUCCGUCUUUGGCCCCAGAUCUUACGGCCCAUCGCCCAAUGGUUUCUCCCAUCCUGUCGACGACUGCGGUACCUAGCGAGCAGAACUCGUAGCCUCAUCGAGCCUGUCAUUGCCGCUCGACAGAAAGAGAAGGCUAGAUGUGCUUCACAUGGACGUGAACCGCCUGUUUACGAUGACGCGAUAGAGUGGACGGAGCGAGCUGCCAAAGGGCGUUCCUACGAUGCCGCUAUGAGUCCUUUACUUUUCUCGAUCAACGCGCUUCAUACGACCACGGACCUGUUGACCCAGGUCAUUCUCGAUCUCAGUACGCAGCCGGACCUGAUUGCUGCCCUGCGUCAAGAAAUUAUCUCAGUCAGGCCUCAACAGAAUGGGUGGAAGAACGCCAGCCUAAAUCAACUGCUGCUCAUGGAUAGUGCUAUCAAGGAGAGCCAACGACUGAAACCAACCGAGUCAAUACUCAUGAGAAGAUACGCAAUGGAUGACUUGACCCUUGCUGAUGGCACCCAAAUCCCUAAAGGGACCGUCCUGGGAAUACAAUCUUCGAUAUACGUUGACCCGGAUACGUACGACGGAUAUCGCUUCCAAAAGAUGCGUGACCAGCCUGGAUUUGAAAGCAAGUGCCAGCUUGUAUCUACGAGCCCAUGGCAUCUGGGAUUUGGCCACGGGAUCCAUGCAUGUCCAGGGCGGUUUCUUGCAGCCGUUCAGGUCAAGAUCAUCCUCUACCAUAUUGUCGCAAAAUAUGAUUUCAAACUGGCAGGUGGCGCGCAUCCCAAAGUCCAAUCUGUGGGGAUAGAGUUGAUAUCGGAUUCUGAGGCAAAACUCGCCGUGAGAAGGAGGCAAGAUAUGGCGAUUGGGUUAGAGUAA